GAAGUAUGUUUGUAUAUAAAGAAAGUUAAGUAUCGUUGUUUUGAUUUAACAAAAUGUCUAUUAAAGAGUUAGCUAUGCAUACAAACUUUCGGUACCAAUUUUAGUAUCUAUUUCUUCCUAAGAUGAGAUUAGAUAUUAAAAUUCGUUGUGUCUCAUAAAAGUUUAAAUUACAUGUGUACGGGAUUCAACUUUUGAAUUGCGAAUAUCAUGGCCAGUGGAAUAGACAAUACCGACAGAAAUAUCCCGCCAGAGGAUUUGUGCAAAGAUUUCUACGAGAAUAUAGUGAACAUCGGCCAUUGUUAUGUAGAGGGGGAAAAGUGUUUCCGUGACGACAAAAACAAAUCAGAGGAUUUAUAUCGAAAGGCCCUGGUACUGACUAAGAAAGUCAGUACAUGUUUGGAAGCUAAGAUUGGCAGUUUAUAUUUAAGGGAAACUCCAGGCCGCAGAGAUCCUAAAGACAACGGCAUGAAAACUGUGACAUCCUCAGUGACCAGUCAACCCACAGACGAUACUUCAGAAACUGGCUACCACCUCUCUGGCAGUCAUGUGCUGGCAACCAGCAUGUCACGUGCAAGUCUUCCACUGGAUUGACGGAUUACUUUCAAAAUGGCCAACACAAAAACAUCUUCGAAGAAACUUUUGAACGUUUAAAAGCGUAAUUUAAAGGCUUUUAUAGGAGCUCAACCCAACCUCAUCCCACACACAUCCAGGAUGUUGCACUGGAUCUAAAAAUGUUUAAUAAAUCCGAUUUAUUUAUUUCUUAAAAAAUUACCUGUAUUUCUAUUUGCUUUCAACUUAUUGUUAGACACAUUAACAUUCAUUAUUUUUUACAGGUAAAGAUCGACGGAACAAUAAUAUCCUGAGACACGUGCAACACUUAUCAUUAUUACUUAUAGACAAAUAUUUAUUUCAAAUUCAGUUCUUCAUUGUUUUAAAAUCUUGUUCCAUUCUGGUUGACCUAGAUUCAUAAAGUAAACUAUGUUUUUCUCCUGUUAUAUUUUAAGAAUGCAUUAAUUAGGUUUUGUUAAGAAUAAAUAUGAUUCGUAUAGAUUUUGAGAAAAAUCUCUGGAGGAUGUUUGUAGUAUGUUCUGGAGUUCGGUAUAUAAGGGCAAACUUCUCUGAUCUUGAGAAAAAAACAACUUCCACCAACAUUUUAAAAUUUUGGAUUUAAUGAGGAUAACAUUUUAAGCUCUUGUGGAAAUUAUAAUGAUAUUGUUGUUGGAUAUUUCAUGUUGAUUUAAUUCUGCGGACUUUUAAAUACCAGCAUCAGUGUAGAUAUUUAUAGUCAUUUAAGUUUUAGCUUUUUUAAUUAUGUCUGUAAAACUGUUUGUAAAUGUAUUGUGUUGUUGUUGUUUAUAGUUUGGUGCCAGUUUAUACUUUUCUGUUGCGUUUGAUGGUCAUAACAACAUCAUAUAAUUCUGUUUAUGCUUGAAAUACUCAUUAAUGUUCCUCAUGAUCUGUGUUGCUCAGUACAUGUUCGGACAGUUUCGUUUUAAAAGUUUGAAACCGUUGUUCUUUGCAGUAAUUCGACAAUUGUUGCCCUAUCUGUUGCAGUACAGACGGCCACUCCAACAUGUAUAUGGUUUUCAAAUUGUAAGGCAUAUUGGACAAUGUAAAAAUGAAAUGUUAAUGUUUUUAAACAAUUUCCUUCCAAUUAUCAGUUGAUGACUUUUAUUUUUAUAUGUUUAGUCUAUUUCUGACCCAAAACAUUAUUUUCCUUCAACCUUAUGCAUUUUUUUUUUUAUAAUUCAAUGGACAAUAUUUCGAUACCAAGAGAGAACAACUAAAAUUCUUAAAACAUGUUUGUAUGUGUAAGACAUUUAUCAUGAAUUUUUUCCCAGGAAAAUACGUUUUUCUAGUACAGGUUUAAAGUUAAACGGUAUACAGAUUAAAUAAAUUAUUUGCUUACGAAACGUUCACGUUUAAAUGUAUUUCACAUAAAAUGAUACCUUUCUCCUUAAGAUAGAAUGUAGAACAAAUGAUCUCAUAUUUAGUUUAUAUUGAUAUUUCACUCUAUUUUGUUGUUAUUAUUGCUUUCUUGUAUGUUCGGUGUGUAUUGACAAUGUUCUAAUUGAAUAUGCUAAUAAAACUUUCACUUGAAUAUGGGCAAAAUGUGUUAGGGACAUAUUACAGUAAUUAGUAUCGUAUGAAGCUAAGUUCUUUCAAAGUGUUGAAUAAAAUUAUCUGUGAAUUGAAACAGACACUCCAAGAUGUAUAUGUACAGAACUGGACUGCGGGACGGAAUUGUUCAUCCAAAGGUCAAAGAUGUGAUUUUUUGGCAGAUUUUAAAUUACAAAUAUACUUGCAUGUUGUUAAUAUUGCAAAAUUUUGAAAAUCAUUAACGCGGCUUUAACCUUUAUCAUUAGAAAUUGAAGCUGACAGAUGACACAAACAUAUACUCGAAUACCUGCUAUGUUAGAACAUGUCACAUAUACUCGAAUACCUGCUAUGUUAGAACAUGUCACAUAUACUCGAAUACCUGCUAUGUUAGAACAGGUCACAUAUACUCGAAUACCUGCUAUGUUAGAACAUGUCAUAUAUACUCGAAUACCUGCUAUGUUAGAACAUAUACUCGUACAUAUAUAAGAUUUGUAACUGCGCUCUACUCAUGCUACUGUUAUUACAUGUGUUGUUUGUUCACAGUAUAUGACUUAUUAUUAUCUUGUAUCCUAGUAAUAUGCACAUAUUUAUAUGUAUGUGGCCAACGAUUGAUUGCUUGAUGUUUGUAUAUGCAUGUCAUUGAUGUACUCUCAUUGGCCUAUUGCUAUUUAUGUUAUAAACUAUGAACACAAAUAUACACUUAUUCUUAUUGCAUACUGCAUUUUUGUAAACCGUAUAUAUCAUUAAUAUAUAGUUAUA